GUUGCUUCCUGGUAUGAAGUUGAAGUCUUUGUCUGAAGCAGAGUGACACGUUGUCAGUACGUGAACUCAGAACAAACACAGUACAACUCAAUACAGUCAUGAUGCACUGGAUAUAUACAAUAUAACACACACAAAUAUAUUUACAGUCAACAAUGUGAUUUUAGGUAAAGUGUUGAAAUAAAUAUUUACUCUAAGUUCGUAUGGUUGUAGGUUUGAUAGAAUCAAGUGUGAACUGAGUUUGUAUUUGCAGUAGGAGGACAGGAAGUGUCACAGUGUUCUGUGGUCAAACCCAGUGUAGUGCUUUGAGGUUUAGUGAAGACAGAAGGAAGUGGGAUGGACUAACAGGACAGAAAUAAAACAUUAGCAGAACCCCAGUGAUCUCAUACUGACAUGAAUCUUCUUUUUGUCCUCACAGUUCACUGUUUCUCUUCAUAGACUGCAGUUCCAAGUUUCUCUUGAUUCAAACAGGAAGUAUUUCUCAGGUACAACAACAGAGUGUCAGUGCUGGAUGUGAGGAUGGGACACACUUUUCUGUGUGUGCUGUUGUUGACCUUGUUGGAUACACUCCUCUACUGUGGACAUGCUCAAGAUGCUGUGCUGACUACUGACCCCUACUGGUCACCUUUGUUCACUGGAGAGUCUGUUACCUUCAUAUGUGACAUGAAGGAAGGAGGAGUCACUGACUGGGAUUAUACAUUCAACAAGGAUGGUGGAGCAUUUAGUCCCUACAACACACAUCAACGCUACACAUUUAAUGCUCUGUCUCCAGGUGACAGUGGUGGAUAUCGGUGCUGUGGUUACAACAAGAGAUCAAAUCAGACAAAGUGUAGUAAAACUGUCACUUUAACUGUAUCUGAUAGACCCAGGGCCACACUGACAUCAGGACCAACAACCAUACCAGUAGGAGGCAGAGUGAACCUGACCUGCUCUGUGGAGCCCUCUGCUGGAUGGAAAUAUAAGUGGUUGAGACGUAGCGCAGACACCUCUGAAUUUCAAGUCAUGAAUGAUGGAGGAAACAGAGUUAUCAGUGUAUCACAAGGAGGAAUCUACCAGUGCAGAGGAAGAAGAGGAAGAGGAGAACAAGUUUACUACACUUAUCCCAGUGAUUCAGUCAUUAAGAUAACCUUUUCCAACAAGGCUGUUGUAACACGACAACACAACUGGCCUCAGAUAUUCAGAGAUGAGAAGAUCACUCUGACAUGUGAGGUCCAGGGAGGUGAAGACACUGAGUGGAAGUAUGAAUGGAGAACACCCAGGUCAUCUUCACACUGGACAGACAAUAAAUACUGGACUUUCACUGCUUCUGAGUCCAGCAGUGGAGACUACAUGUGUAGGAGUAGACUCAGAGAUGACUCAUAUUCUUCAACAGAGUGGAGUGAAGCCAUCACACUGUCAGUAUCUGCAACUAAACCAAAGGCCAGACUGAGUGCUGACACCAGAGAUAUUCCAGUAGGAGGCAGUGUUACCCUGACCUGCUCUGUGGAGCCCUCUGCUGGAUGGAAAUAUGAGUGGUUCCCACGUAGCACAGACACCUCUGAAGUUCAAGUCAAAACAAAUGAUGGAGAAAACAGAGUUAUCAGUGUAUCACAAGGAGGAAUCUACCGGUGCAGAGGAGGAAGAGGAGAACCAGUUUACUACACUGAUCACAGUGAUCCAGUCACCAUUAAGAUAACCUUUUCCAACAAACCUGUUGUAACACGACAACACAACUGGCCUCAGAUAUUCAGAGGUGAGGAGAUCACUCUGACAUGUGAGGUCCAGGGAGGUGAAGACACUGAGUGGAUAUAUGACUGGAGAACACCCAGGUCAUCUACACACUGGACAAACAAUAAAUACUGGACUUUCACUGCUUCUGAGUCCAGCAGUGGAGACUACAUGUGUAGGAGUAGACUAAGAGAUGAUUCAUAUUCUUCCACAGAGUGGAGUGAAGCCAUCGCACUGUCAGUAUCUGCAACUAAACCAAAGGCCAGACUGAGUGCUGACACCAGAGAUAUUCCAGUAGGAGGCAGUGUGACUCUGACCUGCUCAGUGACGCCAUCAUCUGGAUGGAAAUACUACUGGUACAGAGAUGAGAAGUCCUCUGAACCUCUGACCACACAACAUGCUGGUUUCUAUUCAAAUGGACAAAUGAGAGUCUCACAGGAAGGACUGUACUGGUGCAGAGGAGGAAGAGGAGACCCAGUUUACUACACAGAGUACAGUGAUUCAGUCAGGAUCAAUGGAAAUGUUCCAAACAAGGUGACUGUGACUGUCCAACCCAACUGGCCUCAGAUCUACAGAGGAGAGGAGAUUACUCUCAGAUGUGAGAUCCAUGGAGGAGACACUGAGUGGUGA